AUGAACCUGGACAUAUGCAAGUACUUGUGCUUGGAUGAAGCCGACAGGCUCAUUGACUUGGGUUUCGAGGAUGAUAUCAGAGAGGUUUUCGACCACUUUAAAGCCCAGCGCCAGACGCUGCUGUUUUCCGCCACCAUGCCCAAGAAAAUCCAGGCGUUUGCGAAAAGUGCCCUGGUGAAGCCGGUUAUGGUUAAUGUGGGGCGUGCAGGUGCAGCGAAUCUGGACGUGAUUCAGGAGGUGGAGUACGUGAAGCAGGAGGCCAAGAUCGUGUACCUCCUCGAAUGCCUCCAAAAAACGCCGCCUCCGGUUCUGAUUUUCUGCGAGAACAAAGCCGACGUGGACGACAUUCACGAGUACCUGCUGCUCAAGGGAGUGGAGGCGGUGGCAGUGCACGGAGGGAAGGACCAGGAGGAGCGCGAGGCGGCAAUCGCGGCGUUCAAGGCCGGGAGGAAGGAUGUGCUGGUGGCGACUGAUGUGGCGUCCAAGGGGCUGGACUUCCCGGACAUUCAGCACGUGGUGAACUAUGACAUGCCCGCUGAGAUUGAGAACUAUGUUCACCGCAUCGGCCGCACGGGCGGUGCGCUGCGGGAAGACGGGGAUUGCCACCACGUUCAUCAACAAGAACCAGGUGGGUGCAGUGCGGUGCUGAGGGGUCCAGGUUGGUGCAGUUCGUGUGCUGAGGGGUCCAGGUGGGUGCAGUGCAGUGCCGAGGGGUCCAGGUUGGUGCAGUGCGGUGCUGAGGGGUCCAGGUGGUUGCAGUGCGGUGCUGAGGGGUCCAGGUGGGUGCAGUGCGGUGCUGAGGGGUCCAGGUGGGUGCAGUUCGGUGCUGAGGGGUCCAGGUGGGUGCAGUGCAGUGCUGAGGGGUCCAGGUUGGUGCAGUGCAGUGCUGAGGGGUCCUGGUGGUGCGGUCCGGUGCUGAGGGGUCAAAGCGAGACGAUUCUGCUGGAUCUGAAGCAUCUGCUGCGGGAGGCGAAGCAGCGCAUCCCCCCCGUGCUGGCCUCCCUGGACGACCCCAUGGAGGACGCAGAGGCUCUCGCCGCCGCCUCUGGUGUGCGCGGGUGUGCCUUCUGUGGCGGCCUUGGCCAUCGCAUCAGCGAGUGCCCCAAGCUCGAGCACCAGAAGACUCAGGCCAUCUCUGGGAAUCACAAGGACUACUUGGGGUCGGGAGGGUAUGGAGGGGAGAUGUGA